CUGACAACUUCAUUAGGUGAGAUAAUUAGAGAGAAAUGUGACAACCAGCAUGGUGGGAGACAUAAUGAGAAAGAGAUUGAGUAGGGGGAAGGAAAGAAUAGAAGAAAAAUAGAGGAAGGGAAACAGAGAUUACAAGCCACUUAGGAAAUGGAAAACAGUAGAUAAGAUAGAAGAUGAAGGUGGAAGAGAGGAGAACCCUGCCUCCUGAGGACAAGGCCUUGUCUCCAAGCCAACAAUGGGGGCUGGGCCAAAGUCCAGUUAUGUUGUCAGUGACCACAGGGCGGAUCUUCUGCAACAUGGGAAAAGAAGAAGCCAGAUCAAUAAAGGAAGUUGCUGGCCACAAGGAGGUGGAGAUGGAGAGGUCCUGCCCCAACUCAGUCCUCCACAUGUGAAUGCCUGGGGAUCUGUUUCACUUUACCCUGGUUCUCUCUGGACUCCUGAGCACCCCAGUGUCCCUAGACAGAGCAUCCUUGCCUUCCUGAUGGCUUUGCUGAUCUCGCUUCCUGGAGGGACUCCAGCCAUGGCUCAGGUCCUGCUUCUGCUCUCAUCAGGCUGUCUGCAUGCUGGAAAUUCAGAAAGAUACAACAGAAAAAAUGGCUUUGGGGUCAACCAACCUGAACGCUGCUCUGGAGUCCAGGGUGGCUCCAUCGACAUCCCCUUCUCCUUCUAUUUCCCCUGGAAGUUGGCCAAGGAUCCACAGAUGAGCAUAGCCUGGAAAUGGAAGGAUUUCCAUGGGGAAGUCAUCUACAACUCCUCCCUGCCUUUCAUACAUGAGCACUUCAAGGGCCGGCUCAUCCUGAACUGGACACAGGGUCAGACAUCUGGAGUCCUCAGAAUCCUGAACUUGAAGGAGUCUGACCAAGCCCAGUACUUUAGUCGAGUUAAUCUGCAGUCGACAGAAGGCAUGAAGUUGUGGCAGUCAAUUCCUGGAACCCAACUCAACGUGACCCAAGCACUCAACACCACCAUGAGGAGCCCCUUCAUCGUCACCUCUGAAUUCACCACAGCUGGCCUGGAGCACACAAGCGACCAGAGGAAUCCUUCACUGAUGAACCUGGGAGCCAUGGUCACGAUGCUCCUGGCUAAAGUUUUGGUCAUAGUCCUAGUCUAUGGAUGGAUGAUCUUCCUGAGGUGGAAGCAAAGCAGAGCUGUUUGCUGCCCUGGGCCCCUCACGUUGUCCGGACACAGAGAACAGCUGAGAGUCAGGAUGGAGAACCAGCAUGGCUGAUACACUGACAGUUUCUUCUCCUACAGGCCAGCACACUAAAGCCUAAACCCCAGCAAGGUGAGUGCUUGCCAUCCCAAGGGACAGCUGAGGGGUUGUUGGGAAGUUAUUAUGAGAGGCAUGCAAGGGAGCCAGAGAGAUGAUUCAGUCAGAAAAGCAUUUCGCGUGGGUAGAAGGACCUGAGUUUGAUGGAUCCUGAGCCAGGGAUGUGGCAGGAAUUUAUAAUCACAUCCCUGGUCAAGGAAGAGACAGGCAGAGUCAUGGGAUGGAUCUCCACUUAGCAUAGAAGAAAAGGUAAGUUCCACUGAAUGAAAAAUCACAUUUUUAAAAAUGAAGGGGAUUGCUCAAGUGAUAAAUAGUUAUAACAUUUUCUAAAUUGAUUUUACAUAAAGUAUUUUAAAUUACAUAUUAAUCACAAAAAAGUAGUGUGUACCAGUGAGAUAGCUCAGUGAGAAAUGGAGCCUGCCACCUAGCCCAAUGACCUGGAUGGGAUUCCUGGGGACCCAAAUGGUACAAAGAGACAACUCAAUCUGGGCGAUUGUCCUCUACGUCUCAGGGUCACACACAGGCUCCCGGUGAGACCUCAUCUCUUAGUUCCCAGCUAACACACCUCCAGGUGCCAGGAUCUCUCACCAGACAGGUGAGUUUAAAUCAAAGUAGUUAUUAGUGAACACAUACUCUGCAUAACACUUUCUUCCAUGUCUCCUCUCUUUCAGAAUCAGAGCUCAUGGCUGCAGGAUUGUGCUGUGAAACAUCACCAUUCUUGGAUAGACAUAGAAGAUAACCCCCACUUCUGCCAGACUCUGAUACUCUCUGGGUUCUGAUAUUCUCUCCUCAGAAGCCAGGUCAUACUGUGUGUCUCUGAUUCUCAAAGCCUGACUGUGCUGUUCUCUGUCUGCUCAUGGAGUUAUUAACACUUUCAAUAAAUGUCUUACUCCAAGCAA